CAAGUUUAAUAUCAACAAGACAUUACAAAUCAACUUGAUUUCGCAAUCUUUGAACCACAUGUGCGAGAUUUAACUUCUUAAGUGGCGAAAGUCGUCGUUUGACCAGUUUAUUCAUCAAGAAUAAAGAUUUGAUGUAAUAUCAGUGUUGGUCAUGUUGAGAUCGACUGUUCAGAUAGGGGCUGUCGCUAUGCAAGCGCCCCCACCGCCGAGUCCACGGCCAUCACUGUUCGAUUCCUGUCACAGGAGGAUACGACUCAUGGGCGGCGGACCGGUUGCUUUCCUGGGCGGUUUAGUGGCCAAGGCCCGUCGCAAGGAGCGCGACGGUGACGGUUGUCCAGGCGGCGGUUGCGGAGGCCCUGGUGGCGGUGCAACCGGAGGAGCCGGCGGUGCUGGCGGUGGCGACCCAAAGCUCUACCUCGAGGAGGCGGUGCUCGAACGGAAACUGCCCGAUGCUGAUCUCAGGCUACUAGUCGACCUGCCGGCGGGUCUGGAUUAUAACGAAUGGCUCGCCAGUCAUACGAUGGCGCUUUUCGAGCACGUGAAUUUAGUCUAUGGAACCGUCAGUGAAUUCUGCACGAUGAGUGGUUGCCCUGAUAUGACAGGACCAGGAACGAGGACAUAUUUGUGGUUUGAUGAGAAAGGAAAGAAAACCAAAGUCCCUGCUCCUCAAUAUAUAGAUUUUGUGAUGACAUUUAUCCAACGAAGUGUUGCUGAUGAAGCUGUGUUUCCCACCAAAUACGGAAGAGAUUUUCCCACAUCGUUUGAGGUGAUCUGUCGCAAAAUCCUUCGGCUGCUGUUCCAUGUUGUGGCGCACCUGUACGCUGCCCACUUCCGUGAGGUGGCCCUGCUCGGCCUGCACGCCCACCUCAAUCUGACGUUUGCGCAUCUCACGGCGUUGCACAGGCGAUUCAGUCUAAUUGAAGCCAAAGAAACCGAAGUGCUGCGCGACUUAGAACUCGCCCUACGACUAUCAGAAGACGCCAAUUCAACGCCCAACAAUAGUAGCGCGGCCACCACCAGCAACGACACACAUGCUGCCGUUGGUGAUGGCGUGUGUUCGAAUCAAAAGUCAGGAACGUCGUCGACAACCGCUUCUCUGACGUGCAUCAAUGCCACCUGGGAUGGACACCAUCCUGCUUCGGGAGAUGAUGUCGUUGCGACAGCUGAUUAACAUCAUUGCUAAUUCGGCAGAAUGUUGUGGACAUUUUCGUAUCGCCUGAGAAAUUUUCUGUGUGGUCUCACUAAAGAUAUAAAUCAAAAUCAUAUAGCAGUUUCAUUAAAACAAUAAGUGAUUUGUUACAUUAUACAGGAUAAAAGAUGGACUGAUGAAUUGGUACAAUUUGUUGUACAAUUACUAAGGUACUAGUUACCUUAAUUUGAUAUAUUGAGGUUGUUUUUAAUUUUCAUUUGUAUGUAGUAUUUAUUUAAAAAUCUUUGAUAGUGUACAAGAGUGGCAGAGUUAAUUUUAGUUUAGUGGACUGGUUUUGUUGCUAGACAUAUUAGUGGAGAUAAUUGAUUUUAUUAGUAUAUCGAAUUUUAUUUAGCAAAUUAACAAUUAGUAGUUUUAAAAUAAAAACAUAUUUUAUAACAUUAGAUUUGCUGCUGUACAAAAAACCGUGAUGAUAUAUACCUUAAAUUCAUCAAAUAUGUUUGGCAACAAUAUUUCGAUUUUAAUGUUAUAUUUUAUCUCAAAAUUUUUUAAUGACCAGUGAUGCACUCGGGACUGGAGGUCUGUGAUCAUGUCAAUGUUUGAAUUUAAAAAAUAUGUAACACAAGUCUUGUUUGUAUCAUUGUAAUUUGUAUAUAGUUUAUUUAAUUUUCUAAAACUAAUUAAUUUUAUAAUAACUCCUCAUUAAAGUAUUCAAUCUAGCUUUCUAAUAAUAAAUGCCUAGUAUUGUUUUCAUUUGUCUUGUAAAUUAUGUUUAUUAUAGCUGGCAUUGUGAUUUUCCUUAAUUUUCUUGUUUGUUGACUUAGUUUGUAUAUUUUAGUUGAGAGAUAAUUGAUAAAAGUACUAAACACGCUAGUAAAAUAAAUUUAUUAGAGGUUUAUGAAGAUAGUUAU